AUGAGCAACUCUUCUCUUUCCGGUAACCCGCCGCCACCGCCGCACGAUGCUGAGGUAUCAGUGAUGAGGCAGGAUGACGACGAAGCCAGGCCGCAGCUUCUUGAGAGCUCGCCAGCCGCGUCGCGGCCGCCAGCGCCGCUUCCGGCACUUCCACCUCCGCCGCGUGUGGUGCAAGUGCUGAACCCUGCGGUAGCACCGCCGUCUCCAAGCUGGUCAAACCUCGUCGGUCGCCCCAAUCACACCGCCGCGCUUGCAUCACUGGCCACAGCUCCUGGGGGUUCCGACAGGGAUGUCGCCCGCCUUCGACGGCCGUCAGUCACGCGCGUGCGGGGAGCCCUUUCUUUGUCGUCGACGUUGAGUGAACUGCCUGUGUUGCCAGCGAUCCCUGUCCCCGACAUUGCCGUCUCUUCCGUUGCUCCGCCACCGGUUGCGAGCCGGCAGCAGAAUGCCUCGCCCUCAGUGGACCUCGGUGCGCUUCCAGUAACGGUUUCGGAAACGUGCCCGUCCGUCCACGGCCCUCCAUCUUCCUCAGCAGGGCCUUCCGCGUCGCCUCUCGUUCAAGAUACGUCUCCGAUGCUUACGCCGCCCCUCGAGGCGACAGCGCUGUCGUUGCCCGCUCCGCGGCCGCCUCCAGCUCUACCACCAACGUCAAAGCACGCCGACGACGCGGCUCCUGCGAAAAUACCUUUGUAUCCAUUGCAUCCGCCCGCUGCAGCGCUCGCGACGCCAUCAUGUGGGGAGGGAGUGCGUUCGAUGGAUACCACCACCUCUGCGGCUCCGGCAAACCUCCCUCACGCCGUCACAUCACUCUUGCCGGCUCCUUCGACACCUGCCGUCGUCGUGCCAGCGUUGCCGCUGCGGUCGCCGUCCGCGAAUGUCACACCUGCGUCGCUGGUAGGUGCUCCUGCGCUUGCGACCGCCCUCACGGCUAUGCCAUCACCUGUCACAGAUAGUCGGCCACAAUACCUUCACCCCCAGCGAGGGACUUUGGAAACAGGGGUGCGCGAUUUGCUCUCCGCCCGCAACGAGCCAAAGGACCGUGUGAUUUGCGACACAUCAACCUCCUCGUGCGGACGUAGCAGUGACAGGAGCAGCACAGGUGGCGACAGCGUGUGCGUGAGGCGCACAACGCGUAUCAGUCAUACUCGCGCCCGAGGGAGGCGGCGCCAGCGGCGUGGUGGUGCGUACCCGGAAGCGGCCGCAAGCCGAGUCUGCUCGCGUAGGCGCCGAAACACCCACUCCUCCCAUGGCGCAUUGCUGAAGGUACAGCGUCCGACUGCUGUGCGUCUCUUCGAGGGCGAAGGUCGACAUGGGCCGUGGUCGUCGUCGGCGUUGCGAGAUAAGGCAUCCAUGUCAUCGCAAAGCACAACCGCACUGGCGCUGGAUGGUGACACCAAGCGCAGAAAGAAGGGUCGUGGUGAUGGAACUAGUCGGGGCAGUGGAAACACAACGGUCACGGAUGUCACGGGCAUGGAUGGGGCGGCGCCUGCCGCUUUGGCCGGAGGUGGUGCCUCGCCAACCGUGGGGGACGGGUCAGACGCACCUCUCCUCUUCACGAGCCCUGCAGCGCGCUUGCAUGCAGUAUACCAAAACAGCACUAAAAACAAAGGGCUCACAAAGGCAGAGGCAAGCCGACUGACGCAGGGAUCGCUCCUGGCGAGCACGGACGCUGGACGACGGCACGAGACGAAUAGGUGGAGUGACGUGAUCGCUGCCGCUGAUGGUGCUGACACUGGCGCCGCCGGUGGCGUGGGUAGGGAGCGCGCGGUGCAAUUCCGCGCCACGGGUGCUUUCAACGGCGAUGACGAGUGGGCACCACCAAGGCCCACCAGCAGCAGUGACGUCGGCGGUUGCCAAAGAAGCGGGAGCGCUGAAAACACCACCUCGUCGAAGCUAACUGCUGGCGACAUAUCCGACGAUGAUGACCUUGUGUUGGUCUUGACAAUACGCGGGAUGAGCCCUCUCCACGCCGACGCCGGCGUUGUGCACCCCCUGGUGCGCGCGUGGGUCGUGAGCUGUGCGACGGGGCGCAGCCUGGUUCAGGCAUCCACCUCUGUCCCCUGCGCCGUGACACAUCCGUUUGAUCUCCGCGCACACAAGACGCGCGCGCCGUGGUGGAACGCGCAGGUGGCUCUGCGGCUGAGUGCGGAGCGAAGGCGCACCGCGGCGGACGACGCGAUGCUUCUGCUGGAAGUGCUGGACUUUGGCAACGAGACCAUCCACGGCUUUCCACUUAUGCGUGAGGGGCUUUAUCCCAUCUGCUGGGGAUUUCUGAUGUUACGCGACUGCGUCGGUCACUCGAACCUGCUCGCGGCAGACGACUUGCAUCUACAGCUUUACCGCUACCCUUCUCGCACGCCGUGGUACCUGUCUCUGCUUAGCGCGCUGAUCCCCGGCUCAUGGUCCCCGGCGGGCGCGGCCUUUGAACCGCAUGGUUCAAGUGCAGCCCCCUGCUGCAGCAGCGGCCCCAGAGCCUCCAUCGCAAACGACGUGCCAACCAUUUACACUGUGUUUGUAAACGCCAACACCCGCAAGAUUCCGUACGAAGGCGGCAUCGUGCUCCGCGUACGCCAGACAAGCAACACCGCCUUCGUUCCUGACACGACGGAGAUGCUCCUCUACGAGGAAUACCUCCUCUCCAUGCUGGCGUCCGAUGGUGGGAGUGGCGCGGUGCCGCGCUCCUCCCGGUGUGUUUGCGCAGCCGCCAAUGACGAGGUCUCGCUCGGCCGGAUGAGGGAGGAAGACGGCGUCCGCGGGGCAGCAAUCCCAGCGAGCCCCUGGUCCACGAUAGUCGUCCCCGAAAACUACUACCGAAUGGACGGUGAGCGGUCAUUGCUGCCGCACGAGAUUCUGCAAACGACCGCAGUGCUGGGGGUGGUCACGUGCGUCUCCUUCGCCCAUAGUGGCUCCUUGGUCGCACUCGGCGUCUGUCGCCAUCUCCAGCACGUGGUUGAGCUGCGCAAUCCCCUGCUCCCUGACAUGGCCGUUGUUGCCUGCCUUGUCGGCCACACCGGUCAUGUCCACCGUGUCGUGUUUCAGAAGGAGGACAAGUACCUGCUCUCGUGCUCGUCUGAUGGGACGGUACGGGUCUGGCAGCCCGUGUCGUCGGACGGCGUCCUCGCACCUGAACCGAGCGCAGGGCCUGACAGCAUGCAGUGCGUGUGCACGUUGCCACACGGCUUUCCGGUGUAUACGGCAGUGUUCCACCAGGACAAGAUCAUUGCGGGCGGCUUCAGUGAUCAGCUCUUCAUCUGGGAUUACGAGCCCACGAUCGAGGGGGAGAUGGAAUCGAUGAUAACGACGGGCAACACAACGUUGCGUCUCAUCACCACAUUCACUCCAGCGCAGCACACACGAGCCCCACCCACGGAUUCGCCGCGCUCGACUCGGGCGCUUCUCGGGCAGCUUGUGCAGCGGGUCGACACGGCCGGGGCUACGGCGGCGCGGGAGUGCGCAUCGACUAUGACACUCAGCCUUGCCUCGAACGAGCACAGCAAUCGAGUGUGGUCCGUCCACUCAAACGACUCUGUGGUGUGCUGGCGCGCCACCACAGAGACUGCGAGCCGCGGCGAGGGCGAGAGUCUGUGGCAAAUGUCGGCGCGGCACACGGCCGACUGCAGCGGCGCGGCGGAGGUGCAGGUGAAGGGUGAGUACGCCAUUGUGACCUGCAGAAGUGCUCCUGUUGUAUUUGUCUUUGACGCCACCACGUGCGAGCAGCUGCGCGUCGUGAACACACGACUUUCGUUUGCCACGCCGCUUCACCUUUUGCCCGACGGGGAGGCGUUCGUUGCGGUCAUGGGCGACCCAGGCCGACUCCUUGCAUGGGAGUGCUUUGAUGGCGGCUUGUGCACUCCUGCCUCCGGCUAUGCCAAGGCCUCUCCACUGUUCAACGUAGCGCGGAUGGCGUGGGCAGAGUCGCAGCAGCUCGCCGUCUUCGUGAGUCGUUCACCGUCCUCGGAGGGGGAGAUGGCGCGCUAUACGCAAGGGCCAAUGCAGCCGGCUGCCGGACAGAGCGCAGCUGCCUUCCACUAUCGGCGUCAGGAGCAGCAGUACCGGCAGAGCGACAUACCGACCGAGGCAACGCUGAUCACCGUCGCAGGCACGGUUCGACGCAAGUCGACUGUGCUCCUGAAGACAGACCCUCACUCCUCCGAUGCGUUUGUGGCGAUGUUCGGCGGUGAUGUGCAGCCGAAGCGGAAGGCGACUUAUCUGGCGAAGCGGGAACGCGCAAUGCACCAGCGCGCGGCUGAGCGCGCAACGCGUAACGCACGGCUGCACCCGACAACCGCCUCGGCCGAGCUCUCGGCGCUGUUUGCGACGCCGGUGGCUACCAGCAUCCCAUACGACGCGACAGAGAAGGGGGCGCGCAUGAGCGCCAUCGUGAACUUCUGGCGUGGGCUUGUUAGUCAGCACCGACGCACGGAAGCGCGCCCACAGGAUUCCCAGCGAUUUUCCUCUAGUGCCGACGCGUUUGGCACGCAGCCUGCCGCGUGGCGUGCGCUGCAGUACAUUGAAAAUAUAGAAGAUGCUCUAUGA